AUGUAUAUCACAAUGAAUAUACAGGCGCCCGCAAGUUUAUGGAUUCUUUCCCGUCACUUGAUAUUGGCUAUCAUACUAUCAGUACCCACCGUUCUUUUAGUGGAUGGUCUCUUAUCGUUCACUCUACCGUUUCUUCACAACGCAUCGAUAUCUGAUACGUUAUAUGAAUCUUCGAGGUUCGACGAGCGCUUACGAUUAUGGAAACGCGGUGGUAUUAUAACUUCUGGUAUACUAUCAUUCAUAUACACACUCGCAUGGAACUUCUGCGAGUUCUCAUUCGAGCUCAGUCAUCUACCAAAUAUUAGCCGGCGAUCAAUGUCCUCUCCUUCAGCAGCAGAAUAUUCAGCAGCAGAACAUGCCCGAGCAUGGCUUCUAUAUCUCGAGUACCGUCGGUCAGCAACAGAAAACCAACUAGCCGAUACCACACCCGCAACAGCAGAAGAGGAGUUACUCGAAACUUCAGACGGGCCUUUGAUAGCAGAACAAGAAGAAGCAUUGACCCAUAUUCCAAGCGCACCUUCGUCACCGAUACAAGUACUACCCGAGCCAUCAACAAACCUCAGUCGAGCAGAAGAGGAGUUACUCGAAACUUCAGACGGGCCUUUGAUAGCAGAACAAGAAGAAGUAUUGACCCAUAUUCCAAGCGCACCUUCGUCACCGAUACAAGUACUACCCGAGCUAUCAACAAACCUCAAUCGACGAAACACCGGUAGCUCAAGCCAAACCUCGGUAAUCUUCAACGGGAGACAAUACAGGUAUCUAGAAAAACUUCAAACUGCGCCCGGAGAUCACGCAGCCCAUAAUGAGUCGCUACAAACAGCUUUGGGGGAAACCCUAGAUCCAGCACCAGAAUCGCUGAACUCACGGACCGGAUCCACUACGGCAUCAACGGCUGGACAUGACUUUGCAGAUGGAGACGAAGUCCAGGGAAGCCAACCAGACAUGUUUUCUACCGUUUCUCACCAACAUCCAACUGCCCCUGAGCUCAUUACCAAUCUGACCGGUAGCGAAGCAGAUAGAUGCAGGGAAAGAGUGAUAGAUGAGGUUUCCUCGUGGGACGGUUGUUCGCUGAACAAGGAGAGUAUCAGAAAACGGUUGGUCUUCAAGGUUGAUGGGAAUGGAAUACCCCACAACAGACCACCCCGUGGAGACAUUGAUGAGGAACGUAAAAAAUCGGAAUACUACAGUGUCACACGCAAGACUUCCGGUCCUCAACCCUUUCAAGUUUAUGGCCUACCCGAUUUAUUCAACCACGAUCUUCUGAAAUGCUGGAUAUACCUAAACCAGCAUCGACUAUCUGCUUUCUGGCCAACAGGUUAUACACCCGAAUAUGCGACGCUUGCCGGCGGAUGGGGUGACGUCGAAUUGCCCGAAAACGUGGUGAGGAGGUUUGAGGAUGAUGAGAUGUCUGUCAUGACUGCAUCGACAAUCGAUUGA